AUGGCUUCAGCAACUGUGGUACACCGACCCGCGACCCCCGUGGCGACUGGAACCCCGAAUCAACCACCGUCCGACCCUGCCCAUGCGACUGGGAAUAAUGUUUCCGGUCAUGACAACCGACCCGCUCCGGCACCGCCUGCCACUGUCCCUGGAAAGAAGGGGAGGCAGAAAAAGACACCCGAGCCGAACGAAGCGUCCAAGCUCAUUGCGCAAAGAAUUUCUCAGCUCGAGCACGAUGCCGCGGGCGAAAAAGAUCAGGAGGCUGAUAUCGAGCGGGAGGUUAAGAAGGCGAAUCGGGAGCUGCACAGCCAGACGGCGAAAAUGAGCGAGCUCCAAAAAAUCGAUCACCUAACGAAGCGAUGUUCCGAUCUUCUCUCGGAUAUGAAACGGCACGAGCGUGAGAGUAUUAAGAACAAAAAGCGAGGGGACCAGUUGCAAAAAGACAAGGACAACAGCAGGAAUGAACUCAACAAGACGGUGUCUCUCAAGGAGAAGCUGGAGAAGCUCUGCCGUGAGCUUCAAAGGGAGAAUAACAAGUUAAAGAACGAGAACAAGACUCUUUCCGACACGCAGGUGCGAAGCCAGAAUACCUGGGACGAAAGAUAUUCGGGCAUUCUUAGGCGGAUGGACGACUAUCAGGAGGAAAAGGACAAUCCGCGCAAGCAGGUGGUGGACAUGGAGAUGGAGGAGCUGUACGUCGGUCCUUUGUGCUCCCCUGACUCACAGCUCACGGUUCCUAGGUUCUGUCAGCGCUUCAAAUCCUUCAUCGACCAAUACGAGCUCCGGGAGCUGCAUUUCCACUCGCAGAUGCGCACCAAGGAACUCGAGGUUCAGUACAACCUGGCGAGGUACGAACGGGAGAAGAAGAAUUACGAGGCGGAACUUGGGCGGUCGAGGCAACUCAACGCGCAGGUGCAGACGUUCUCCAAGACAGAGACGGAACUGAGGCAACAGCUCAACGUCUAUGUGGACAAGUUCAAACAGGUCUGUCCUGUCCGCCGCCGCCAGCCGAGCGCGCAGACUGACGCGCGGGCACAGGUCGAGGAUACGCUCAACAACAGCAACGACCUAUUCAUGACGUUCCGGAAAGAGAUGGAGGACAUGUCUAAGAAGACGAAACGACUCGAGCGCGAGAACGAGAACCUCAAGCGGAAGCACGACCAGGUCAACGGCAACAUCCUCAAAAUGGCGGAAGAACGGAAUAAGAACCUGAGCGAGAUCGACGAGCUGAAGAAGAAGCUCGAGAAGCUCAACGGCAUCAUCAAGCAGAUGCAGCAGCAGGGCCGGGGCAUCCCGCCGGGGUUGACGGGCACGGUCGAUAACGGGUAUGUGGAGGGGGAUCUGGACGGAGACGAGAGCGAGUAUGAGGACGAUGAGUACGACGAAGGCGAAGACGAGGAGGUUAGUGACGAUGCCGACGAGUACGACGACGAGACCGAGGACGAGCUGCACCAGCAGCCCCAGCCCCAGCCGUACGGGCCCGAACGACCCCCUCCCGCGCCGGUUGCCGCUACUAAUGGCCAUCGUUAA